AUGGGUGCUCUAGCAGAACUUGUAGCUCUCAUUAUCGUUAUGUGUGCAAGUGUAACAAUGUCCCUCGCUCAAAACCCCAUGGCUUCACCACCAAGUGUUGAGAACCCAAAUACAACAGUGGUGAUACAUAACGCUCUUUCAGGUUAUUGGCCAAUGGCAUACCAUUGUGCAUCAAAAGACGUUGAUUUUGGACUCCGACGUAUGCUAGCUGAAAGAGACCAAGAAUCUGCAAUGUUUGGAUGCAAAAGAUGCGAAUGGAAGAUACGUGAAGAAGGACCUUGCAAACUGAACAAAAAGACUGGAAUGUUUGAUCUUUGUCCUCCUUGGGAUUCUCAAAAUAUUUGA